AUGUCCUGCUCCCAUAUCCGCACGACUGACCGGAAAUAUCCUCUGCGUCAACCCGCGGACUGGAUAGUCAAGUUUCCUCGAUAUAUGCUGGAGCUACCAGAGGAUGUCAACGAAGUCAGCAUCACCUAUAUAGGGCUUCAGCCUCGGCAUGAAGAGAGCCUUGCUAGAGCAUCACAUACAGAUCUCCAUAGACAUGUGACAACAGCCGCUCAGAGACAUCUCGCAGCGAAGAUCGACAAUUGGAUUGGCCGUGCGUCUACUUCUCUAGCGCCAGCGUUGUGGGAGAAACUUUACGUUGAGACCGGCUAUGAUGUUCCUGACACGGAGAUGUACAUCCUCUACUGGGCGGAUAAGGACGUUGCGAGACGGGCAAUCCGAGACCUUGAUAUCAAGAAACUUCACAACUCACUUCCCUCUCAAGAUCAACAAAACAUCGGCAUCUGGCAUGAGUCCUUUAAAGUUCCCAAGUCAAGACUGGAAACUGUUUACUCUGGCAACGACUAUCAGCCAGGUAUAGCUUCACUGCCAGGCGCCAAGCAAGUCAGCCACGCUUUCACAGGCUACUGGGGAGCAGCACGGGACCGAAUCCCUUCAUCAGCAGACGACUCCUUCGAGCCAGAGGCAUCGCUACCACCGCCUGAUUUUGCAAAGGAUAUUAAGCGCCGUGAUAUCUGUGGUAGCAAUAAUACUUCCAUGAUCCAUAUCCGAUCGGGACAGUACUGGGAACGAUGUGAGGAAAACGAGCGAGAGGCGUAUGAGCGGACGCUCGAACCUGUGCUAAGAGAGGGAAUGGCGUAUCUGGAAAACAACGCCGCGGAAACAGGUGACUGCGGGCUGCGAUUUUCGCGAAACCUCACUACAAAUCGACUAUUACAAGAUGAAGAGAACGCCAAGGAGUUCUACAGUGCCGUCGUUGAUAGCGCUGUAGACGUUCGAUAUGGAUCCGACACGACCUCUGCCGGCGCCUCGUCAACAAUCGAGACAUCAAACACUGGCCAUGGACAAGACCCCAACAUCAUCCCCAACCCCCAACGCCCCCGACGAGAAACCUGCAGCAGUGGCUUCUUUCGCUCCCUCAAAGACCUCGAAAACUGGGCGGCCAAACACCCCACGCACCACAAGAUCUUCCACGGCGCACACGCUCACUCGACCAAGUUCGGCAAGACGACGUUCAAGAUGCGGACGUGGCAUGAGGUCGCGGCGUUGAAGCCCGGGGAGGUGCAGUUUGAGUAUGUGAAUUGUCAGCCUUGGACGGGGUUGUUGGGGUUUGUGGAGAUAUGA